UAAAUGAGCACUAAAAAUAUAUUAAUUAUGGGCUUUUUAUAGUUUACCGAGAAGAAGUUAUCGGUUCAAAGAGCUUUUGUUCCGGUCUAUGAAUAAUGCCUUGCCGUUUCUGUUUGGCCUUUUUCCUACUUUCCCUCACCCUCUUUAAUGGUGUACUCUGCUUCCAUGAGAUCUCCGUCAAUUAUCCAUUUCUCAGGAUAAUUUCAUAAAAAAAAAAAAAUUGGUACUGAAGAAUUAAUAAUCUUCUCUAAGUCCUGGACAAGGUUGAGUUUUCUCAUAAAAAAUUGUUUAUGUCAAAUUGAAGAAGAUAAAGGGGAGAAAAGAUUGGAUUUUUACCAGUUUUCCAGAGCUGCAAAAUGGAUGUAGGCCAAGGCAGCUCGAUUGAAGAAAUUAAGGAUUUACAGACCAACACUUCAUGGAUUCCAGCAACUCCGGGGAAGCCAGGUUUUGCGACAUUGCCACCAAUUAGCAAGAAUAGGCAGGAAACCCAGCCAGCUCAAGUUGAUUGGUCGGAGUUGCAGACGAAAAAAGCAGAAGCAGUAGCAGCACAUGCUGCUGGCGCCACAGCCGAAGCUCAAAAUGCGGCUGCAUACAAUGGUUCAACAAGUUCAGUAACAGUAGAUCAGUGCUUCACCACCUGGGAAGCAGCAGUAGGCACAAAAUCGGAAAUGUAUGGAGGUGGUAUAAAGAUGUGCAAUAACUUCUCUAGUGAUAACGUAGACAUGUGGACUAAUGUGUCUUUCGGAGAUCUCUUGGCGAUGGCACAUGCUGCUGGCACCACGCCCGCAGCUGAAAAUGCAAAAGAUGAUACAGUUUAUAGUGCGGGGAGUUCUUUCAAACCGCUCAUCAGUUCCCAGAGUCCAGAUGGAAGCUCUACUUUUCCCAGCUCCCCUUUCAACUUGAAUUCACCCCUAAGAAUGACGGAUGCAAUCUUGAGCAACGUACCAUUCAAGUUCGAACCAGUAACACCAGAUCUGAUCAAGAGUACAAGGCAAGCAUCUAAUGCGUCAAACCUAGACAUUAAUGUUACUACAUUACCAAGAGGUGUACAGUCAAAUGAAGAUACAAUAAAGAGAACUGAAGCAAAUGAACUCCAACAGAGCAGAGAGCAGUCGGAGCUGGUCUUAAAUCAAUCAGAAUUGCAGGAGAAUCACAAGCUUGACAUGGAAGGCAAACAGGAUAGUGAACUGAAUAAUACGCCAGAGCAAAAACAAAGAAGAAGAAAACACAGGCCCAAGGUGGUUGUAGAAGGCAAGCCUAAAAGGACUCCUAAACGAAGAACCGAAAAGCAGCCUGGUUCAGUGGAGACAAAAACAGAAAAGAGGAAGUAUGUCCGAAGAAACAAGGUUGGCAGCCCUGCACCCACUUCUGCUGAAGAGGUAAACAAUACAAUUGACGAGGGAAAAACUCCUAGUUCCAAAGAAACCCCACCAGCAAAGAGGAAGUACGUCAGAAGAAAUCAAGUUAAGAAGAGCACAGAAAAGCCCUCUGAAGAGGGGAACGGUGGAACAACUGAGCCGAAAAAAGUUUCUCUUCCUAGAAAAUCCUGCAGGAGAACGUUGAAUUUUGAAUUUGAAAGACAAGCAAGUGAUGAAAACUCAUCAUACAGGUCCUCAACUUUGGAUUUGCAUGCGAAUCAAACCGAAUCAACUGCACAAUGUGUACAGUCUGCACAACUUGGACAAGGUGUGGAAGCCCCCAAUGAAAAGACAGCAGUGGGAACAACUUAUAACAUCAACUGUUCCCUGAACCAGGAGCUGAGAAAUUACUUGUCACAGCAUGAAGUGCAAUACCUUGGUUCUCCAUCUCUGGACAAGGUUGGCUGGAAUCAUGAUAAAGUCAUAGUUGGUAAUCAAAAUGAAAGCACAAGAGGAAAUUAUAGAAUCAAUUUUUCAGAUUUAACUCGUGAUAAACAGGCAAGCAUAGUACAAAUGACACCACAGAGCCCGAAUUGUUCCAACUGCAGCAGCAGCACAUGCUUGCCACAUGGGAAAGGCUUGAAGAGACAGCAUUCAUAUAGAACUGAUGAAGCACAAUUCUACAGCUUAAAUGCCAGGGGAGUGUACUUCAAUUCCAUGCAGGCUUAUCAAGCAAUCCUUCCAGCAAAUGAACCUGAAGUUUAUAGCAACCUAGGGAUGCAUUGUCCUGCAAUUUACAAGAAAAAGAGAACAGAAGAGGGCCACAGCUCAGCAGCAUUUUACAUUAAGCAUUUUACUAGCAAAAUUAACUGUGUGCCUUCAUCGCAGUGCAAUAUCAGUGGUUCCCCUAGCAACAAUUCUUCAACCAAUAUAGCCUACAACAGACUGCAGAACUCCGAUUUUGUGCCAGCAGUUGUGGAAGCAGAGAAGUUAAGGAAGAGGAGAUCAAAAGGCGCAACUCAAGUGCAUGAGUUAGCAUCUGUGCAUGAAAUUUACAAACAAUUUCAGACUUCUACAUCCAAAUACGCAACAAAAUGCAGACUUGGAGAAAGAUACAAGACUUCACAUCUAUCCAAUGCAUGCAUGGAAGCUCCAAUUGCGGACACCCGAGCACCGAUGAAGACAAAAAAGCAAUCAAAGAAAAGCACCUUUGUCAGCUCAACAGCUUCCAACAUGUACAUCCAUCAACAAUUCACAACAAAUGCAAGGGGUCCCCCGCCAGCUUUAACAUGGAGAGGCAUGUCUCCAAUUGAUGAAAUUGCAGAACACUUGCAGCGCCUUGAUUUAAAUAGAGAAAGCAGCCAAAUUCAAGGUCAACAUGGAAGUGUCACCUACCACACCAAGUUUCAAGGGGAGAGUGCCCUUGUUCUUUAUCAAAGAGAU